CGCCCGGCCCCGCCCGCCUCAGCUGACAGCGCCAAAUGGCGGCGGCGUCGGCGUCUCGGGGGCGGCUCGGCGCCCGCCUCAGCUGACAGCGCCAAGAUGGCGGCGCUGCGGGAAAGGGACUUCGCCGCCCUGCAGAGCCUGCUGAAGGCGCCGUCGAAGGACGCCGUGCGGCAGCUGUGCCGGCAGUGUUUCUCCAGCCCGCCUGCCGGCCUCGGCCCGCUGGCGCAGCGCGCCUGCCUCGACCUCGCCGCCGGCCCCGAGGAAGCGGAGCAGCUGGUAUCCGCUUUGCACAGCCUCACCAGGCACGUCGUGUACCAUGGCUUGACGAGGGCAGAAGAUAUCCUCUCUCUUUUUCCAGAAAACUUCCACCAAAAUCUGAAAAACCUUUUGACUAAGAUAAUCUUGGAGAAUAUCUCUGCUUGGAGGAAUGAAGCACAAGCAAGUCAGAUCUCCCUGCCUCGGCUGGUCGACAUGGACUGGAGGGUGGACAUCAAGACAUCUUCAGACAGCAUCAGCAGAAUGGCAGUCCCUACUUGCCUGCUCCAGUUAAAGAUUCAGGAAGAUGUUGCCUUAUGUGGAAAUAGUCCUGUUGUUUCUGCACUGACUGUGGAACUGAGCAAAGAAACCCUGGACACUAUGCUAGAAGGUCUAGGAAGGAUUCGGGACCAACUUUCUGCCGUUGCAAACAAAUGAAUAUGCCAGGGCAUGGAUUCCAGCAGCAAGGAAGGGAAGUAUUCUCUACCUACAGCUUUCAUAAGUUGCAGCCUAGUGUAACAUGUUUUCUGUUUUAACAAAACAAAAUUAAAGAGAUUUCUUUACUGAGUUAGUAAGAUAGCUUUUGAAAAGCUGACACUUAAACAUUCCUUUGGUCUGAUACCAAAAAGUGUUUUCCUAGUAUGUUGUUGAAUAAAAGCUGGUCUCUAUUUCAGAAAAGCACUUGAGGGCUCAGAGCUUGGCUUAAUCACAAGGGUCAUAACUGGAAAUAGCAAAUAGCUGCAGCCAAUGAAGCAAGUACUAUCUCUGCCCUGAAAUUAGGAUCUAAAAGGCUCAAGCUGGUUAAUGGGCUGCCUUCCAGCAUUAGCAGACAAGGAGGGUGCUUCUCUCUGGAAUGUGCAUGUACUGAGGUGCAUGCUGGAUGUAGCACUGUCUCCCUGUCAAUGAAGCACAGCCAUGCUGCAGAUUGUUAUUACAGGAUAAUGCUUUGAAAUAGGGCAAUUAUGCUACAACACAUUCCCUUCUGAUCAGCUUCAUAGCACCAUUUACAAAAUGACUAGCCUGAACAUCUUUAGCAGCAAGUAAUUUCCUCCUCCUCUUUGAAAAAAGGAGUUCAGAUAAUUCAUGUUUGGGUUUAUUGUACUCUGGGCUUUGCCUUCACUGCACAGAAACCCGGCCGGGACAGUAAAGAAUUGAUGGCCAUUGUCUGUACUGUAGAAAACCCUUCUGUGGCAAUAUGUGCCUAUACUUCCCCAAAGUGUUCUGUUGUUUGUAUAAAUCUUCAUUUAGUUAAAAAGCAAACUGCUAAUUGAUUUUGUGAAUCCUUUUAAGGAUGUUGUCCUGGGUUACCUCAGCCUUUGUGAUGGUGCCUAGUUUCUAGGCUGGUUUAAUGGAUGUUCAUGUUUGUUGCUGAAAAGGAAUCUUUUGUUUCCUGUUCAAAUGGAUUCAUCUUUUAAACUGUCUUCUCUUCAUUAUAAUAUGGUUUCAGGGCACCGUUUUCCACAGCCACCGGCUCUGUACAGUAUCGCAGAUGAUGACCCUGACCUAAAACUUUGUAAAUAUAUGUGCAUUGAAAGUGUGGAAGAGUAAGUGCAGAAAAUGAACAAAAUUCAGACUUUCCUUUCUGAUGAGCUUCUAUAAUGCUCCAAACUGGAAGACUGGAUCCAAAUGCUUUGUUUAUGGUGAAGUCCCACCUUUCAUAAAACAUUUAGCUCUCCUUCAAGACACAAAACAUUGCCUCUUGUGUUUGGAAACGUGCAAUCAUUCAAGAUGUAUGCAUAAACUACAGAGCUUUGUUAAUUAAUUUUGUAUGUCCCCACAGAGUGCAGGCUAGAGUAUAAGUGUAAAUGAAGCUUGUGCCUUUAAAAGAUACUGGUGUAAUACACCUUAUGCAUCAAGAUGAGAUGUACGACAAGUCACUUGUUCAGGUCUACUUUGAGUAAAGAUUGUAACAUUUAGUACAGUAUCAAGGUAAACUGGUAAAUUUCAUAUAUAAUAGGAAAAUCUGAAAGGAGAAGGUGGAUAUUCAAGAAUCUGUUCCAUAAGAUUCAGGCUGUGAAAAACCUCUGUAAUAGACUUCUUCAGUUUGAGGAAGUUUUGUUGCCUUUAGAGCAUAGCCUUAAAAAAAAAUCUCAAAUAGUUUAUAUUGUACUGUUUACUUUAGAAAGUAAGAAUCAUUGAGGAGGUAAGUAAUGCAUAAUGAAGUACUCGUAGCGUUAGAGGAGCGGAGGAAGUCAAUACACGGAGGGAAUCCUUGAGGUAAAUACUGAAGUUAUAGUCAAAAUGUUGUAGGGCCUAAUGAAAUGAAGAAUUGAUAGUUGCAUAGAGUUCUCAUACAAAACCAUUAUACAACUAUAGAAUAGUUGUAAAGAAAAGAAAGACUUAAAACUGAAAAGGCUUUUCCAGUGUCAGAGUGGCACUAUCUGCAGGUAGCUAAAAGUUGCUCAUGGAGACUUUAAUGAAGGGGGCUGUCCACUACAUCAGGGGCAUGACAAAUAUCUGAUGACUUCAAGGGGUACAUCUCAAGUCAUUCUGCAAGAAGAUGCUGGUAUCUUCUAGCCCAAUAUUUAGGAGGCUAUGAGAGCUUGCCUUCAAAUCUUUGUCUAAAAUGUUAGGUAUUUUCUUGUUUGCUCUUACCACGUUUGCCAGAAGAGCUGAGACUGCUCAGAAAAAGCUAUAUAAAAGAAGAGAGGCUGAGUAGGAGUGUCAUUACCUGACCAGCAAGAGUGCUUCACAUUGAAGUCCUACCUAUGGAGACUCUUACACAGAGGGAGAAGAAUAUGCCUGCUAUUGCAGUCAAUAUGUGAUCUUUUUCAUAAAAUGACUGCUGUCUUAAAAUCAGUUAGAUUUUUAUCCUCCCUCCACAAAUUGCUGCUAUUUGGUAGGCUAGCCUAAACGUAUUCAGCGCUGCUUUAUUAUCAGCUCGCUCCUGUGCCAACACUGUCCUCUUUAGCUUACUUCUCUCCUACCUUUCCAUUUUCCCUCAUACUUAUGAAGCAGUGAAAUUCCCUUCCACUUUUGAUGACUAAGCCUAGUAAGCUCUAUAUUCUGUGCCUUUGAGCAUCAUAGUGGCCAUUCUUCACUUACAGUUUGCAUCUCCCUUGAAUGGGGUCACCACAGUUGUUCAUUUCUGGAAAAGAAUAGUCCGAGGACAUUAAUAAAGAAUAGAGCUGUCACAGUAUGCGAAUCACCUGAAUGAACUCCUCCUCCCAGGAAACCACAAGCCUUCAUUGUGAAGUGGAGCUCAAAAACUCCAUCUUCAUUCCAGUAUUUGAGGAACAGAGAAACCAUCUCCUACAUGUACACUGUUUAUCAAGUGGUAACUCAAUUAUGCUAAGCAAAACAGUGAUAAAUUUAUUUGUAAAACACAAGUAUGCAAGUUAAAUUCAAAUUGCAGUUUCACAAUUCAGACAUUGUGUUGGAUCUAACUGUGUCAAGGUGUUGAAAAAGCAUUUGAAACAUUAAAUCCUACUUUGUAUUAUUGAAAACAAAAUUUUGCUUCCUCUUACUGCAAGAAAAUAUGUACUUUAGGGUGUUCAGGCUAAAAGUUGUAUAGAUGUUGUGAGUGAGAGCAAGAAGAACUUAGGAAGAAAAGGCCUUUAUGAUUCUUAGCUUCCACUUCAAUUAAUGAUCUUUAACUGUUAGUUUAAAACAGUAGAAGACUUUACAAGACUCAUGAUGGAUUGGUAAAGGUAUAAUAGUUACGCUAUGUUUAAGUGUGGGGUUUAAUGUGUGUUCAGGCUCUUGUAAACCUAUCGUCUAUACAGAGUUUUUGCUUUGUUUAUAACUGAGGUGUUUUAUUAUUUCACUUCAAACAAGUUAUUUCAUUACUAGUAAUCUGGUUUAGAAUUGUUUUGACCUAAGUAAAAAAUGUUAGUUUCAA